AAAGUGAAUCCGUGGUCUAAUAUGAUAAUGUAGUGUUUUGGUUGCAGUAGUAAUAUGUUCAAAUUUUAUGGUUGCGACGCUUGUUCAGUUCGUUCCUUACUUAGUGAGGAUUAACAGUCGCUGUAACAUUUAUAAAUCAACACUAUUUGAUUGUUUUUAUAUAUAUUUUUAAUUUUGUGUUUAGAAUCAUUUAAUUUUAUUAAAUCACCUGAAACAUUAAUAAUAAAAUCAUGGCAUUAAGACCAGUUGUGUUCAGUGGGCCGUCUGGGAGUGGGAAAAGUACUUUGUUGGGUUUGCUGUUCAAAGAAUUCCCAAAUGAGUUUGGAUUCAGUGUUUCGCAUACGACACGGCAACCCCGGCCGGGUGAAGUUGGUGGGAAACAUUAUCAUUUCACUACAGUGGAGGAAAUGGAGAAGGAAAUCCAUCGUGGCAACUUUAUCGAACACGCAAAGUUCUCUAACAACAUGUAUGGGACCAGCAAACAAGCGGUACAAGAUGUCCUGAAGAACAACAAGAUAUGUUUGUUGGAUAUUGAUGAACAAGGAGUGAAAAGCAUCAAGAAGACGGAUCUGGAUCCUCUGUGUGUCUUCAUUGCCCCACCAUCACUGGAGACAUUACAAAAUCGUUUAAACGAGCGUGGAACUGAAACAGCUGAAAGCAUCGAACGUAGAAUGGCAACCGCUGCUUCUGCUUUACAAUACAGUAAAGAAAAGGGAGUUUAUGACAUCAUAAUAGUCAAUGACAUAUUGGAGGCAGCUUACAAAAAACUAAAGGAAUUUCUUCUGCAGAUGAGCUUUUUCAUGGACCUGAUUAUAUUAAUGUAUGGACUUACGGCUUCAUUUUUCACCAGUUUUGUGAGAUGGCUGAUACCAGUUGAUCACAAAUCAGUCUCGGGUGAAGUUUGCCUCAUCACCGGAGCUGGGAAUGGAAUCGGCCGCUUGAUGGCGAUAGAGUUCGCUAAGCGAAGAGCGAAAGUUGUUUUGUGGGAUUUUGAUAAAGAAGGCCUAAAAGAAACAAGUGCUAUGAUUCGUGAGUUGGGGAUGGACGUUUACACUGAAGUUUGUGACGUUUCUAAAAAGGAUGUGAUCAAAGCAGCUGCUGCAAAAGUAAAGCAAGAAUUUGGAGAAGUUAACAUAUUAGUCAACAACGCAGGUGUGGCUUAUUGUAAGCAGUUGCUUGACCUUACUGAGCAUGAGAUAGAAAACACAUACAAAGUAAAUGUGUUGGCUCAUAUUUGGAUUAUACGUGAAUUCCUACCAAGCAUGAUGGAAAGAAACCAUGGACAUAUUGUUAAUGUAGCGAGUACUGUAGGUUUAUUUGCUUCCCCUGGAAUGCCUGAUUAUUGCUCUAGCAAACACGCAGCCGUUGGUCUUCAUAACUCUCUGUUUCUGGAUCUGCAGAAUGCUGAGAAAUAUGGCGUGAAAACCACACUUGUUUGCCCUUACCUUAUACAUACUGGGAUGUUCAAUGGUGUUCAUGUGAAAUAUGACUGGAUAUUGCCACCUAUCAAGCCUCAAGAUUGUGCUGAUAUUAUAAUUAAUGCUGUUCUUACUGAACAAAACAUGGUAGCCAUUCCAGGUACCAUGUAUAUUGCUCACAUUCUGUCCACCAUUCUUCCCACCAGGGCGCUUAUUGCCGGGUAUAAGUUUGUUGGCGCAGAUAAAGCAAUUUCAUAUUUUAAACCAAACAGACCCUACCAGGUUGAAGCUUAUGCAAAGUAAAUGUAACUUUGGUUAAGUUACUGCUUCAAUUAAUCAUUUAAACUCAAAACGUUGUUAAUUCUUUAAAUAUAAUAGGCUAAAGACUCCCUAAAUAUGAAAACGUUAACCUGCUAAACUCUGAUUCCUAAUUAAAUUAUUUGUAGAACAAUUUAUUGUACAUGGUACCUUAAAGAGUUUUUAUGUUUUAGUACAGUAACAUGGAUCCCUCUAGUGGAUAUCAUGUUUCCUAAUCGUGUUUUAAAAAAUUACCCACUUUUUAGAGUCAUAAGAAAACACUUUUGUAAUUAUGUUAAUGUUUAUUUUCUAAAGUUAAGAACAAUUUGAAAUGUAGUUGCGAACGUUUAAUUUCAUGUCGUGUAAAGACUUAUAAUUAUUUGUUUUUGAGCCUUGUUAUUUUACUGACAUUUGUAAUUUUCUUGUGUGAGCUGUAAUCUUCUUACAUUCUAAUUUAUGUUGGUGUAUUUAUAGCAAGAGUUUGUCAAAUUAAGGCCGUCCCUUUACUGCACAUGUUUUAUGCUGGUUACUUUAUGUGGUUUGGUGUGUUGGAGAAAUUGUAAUUAUGCUGUAUUAGAUCCUCACUCUUAUAGAAUAUUGUAAUGGCAUAGUACUCUAAAUUGUUUUAGAGUACUAUGGUAAUGGCUUUGGCUGUCAUGAUUUUCUGUAUCUAAACUUUAAAAUAUCGGGUAUAUGAUCUGUACUACCUAACUCAAUAGUGUGUACAUUUAUUAGCGUUUUACUUCUUAAAAAUAUGACUCAGUCGUCUUGAAAUAGCCGCCUAUUUUUCUUUGCAUGUCUAGACAUUUUUUUAACAACUAAAAUUUGUAAUCAAUUGAUCCUAUUGCGAACUAUGCACGGUAGUUUCAUACACCUCAUACUCACUGUAUCAAAAACGUGUGACGUAUUCCGCAUAUGUGCGAUAUAGAUACAAAUAUUUCUCGUACCCGAAUGUAUGGUAGGUUACGUUUCGAUCAAAAUUUACAUUUAUUAUUGGAACUAAAUUGCGAAUACAACACAUUAAUCAAAUACGACUCUCCGGCCCAACAAACGCAAUGGCAUUUUUAAUGUUUUCAAUUUCAAUCAGUUUGUCAGUUUUUUCGCUUUUUAAAUCUUCUCUUUGGAAUAAAAGUUUCACCAAUU